AUGGCCGCGAGCGGGUUAAGAAACGUUCGAGCGGAGAGUCACACGGCGCGGCAACAGGCCUUUCGGCCCGUCCCCUUCCCCAUCCGUGCCGGCCCCACGUACCCUAAAUUAAUCCAGUCCCCGUUUAGAGACGUUACGGGAAAAGGCCCUUCGGCCCAUCUCCGUCCGUGCCGACCCAGAUAUCCUAAAUUAAUCCAGUCCCCGUUUAGAGAUGUUACGGAAACAGGCCCUUCGGCCCAUCUCCAUCUGUGCCGACCCAGAUAUCCUAAAUUAAUCCAGUCCCGUUCCCAGACGGAUAAGGGGAGCAAGACGGCAUUCGUCUGCAAGGGCUGGCAUGGACGCACUGGGCCGAAGGGCCCGUCCCCGCUCCGCGCUCUAUGUUGCGGGUUAACCCCAGGCCUUUUUAAUCCUGCGCGCCAGCCAACUUACAUCCUCGGCCUUUGCGGGAGCUCUCUUCGUUACCACCGCGUCUGCAAAACAUUGAGACGUUCGUCAGCGACAAAGCGCUUCGUGGUCCACUGUACUACAGAUGCUAGUCUUCAGCCAAUUCGAUUCGCUCCAUGUGAUAUCCAAAAACGGUUAGAGACACUGGAUACUGCAAAGGCUAUGGGUCCCGAUAACACGUCGGCAACAGUACCGAAGACUUCUGCUUCCCUAGCCAAACUGUUCCAUCCGCUAUAUGAGAAGUACUGUGCUGAUCACUAUGCCGACAAACUCUGCGACCAGGGCUGCAACAACGAGGAAUGUGCCUGGGAUGGCCUGGACUGUGCCCCUGAUGUGCCUGAGCGCUUGGCUGAAGGGACCCUGAUUGUCAUUGUGCUGCUGCCACCUGAUGAGCUGCUGAAAAGCAGCACCAACUUCCUGCAGAAACUGGGCUCGAUCCUGCAUGCCACCCUGCGCUUCAAACUUGACAGCAAUGGGCAGGCCAUGAUCUACCCAUACUACGGAAGCAGCUCCCAACUCAAGAAGCGCUCAGCACCACUGCGCAGGGUGACCCGGGAACUGGAACAGGAAAUCAUUGGGUCAAAGGUGAACCUGGAGAUCGAUAAUCGCCUGUGUGUCCAAGGAGCAGGUGAAUGUUUCCCAACAGCAGAGAGUGCAGCUGCUUACAUUGGAGCUUUGUCUGCAGUGGGCAACCUGCACUUCCCCUAUCCCAUCAAGGAUGUUGAUAGUGAGCGCCUGUCACCGCCACCACCCCCCAUGAACCUGCUGCCAUUAAUGAUUGUCGCUGCGGUCAUUCUCACUGUCAUCCUGAUCCUCGGCGUGCUGGUGGCAAGACGCAAGAGGGAGCAGAGCUUGCUGUGGUUCCCAGAGGGCUUCACCCUUAAGAAAGACAGCAGCAACAAGAACAGGCGUGAGCCUGUGGGGCAGGAUGCCCUGGGGAUGAAGUAA